AUUUUUUAUUUUUACGCAUUUGAAUUUUGGUGUAAGUUGUCUGAAAGUUUGAUUGUUGUGUUUUAGAAGUUUUCUCAUCUGGUUUCGUAUUAUAUUCUUGUCGGGUAAAGUGGGUGAGAAGAAAUUAUUGGUUUUUGCUUGGGAUGGUAAAUUGAUUGCUUAUUAGGUUUUCCUUUCUGAAGUUUUGAGGAUUUUUUUAUAUAGAUUUGUGUUCUUUUGUACGUUUGGUGAAUUUAGUAUGUGCCUUUCGAAUUCAAGAAGUAUCCUUAUGAAAUUUCAUUCCAAAUAAUUUGGGGUUUUUGCUGGAAUUAUUAUUCAUAGAAUUCAAUCUGAUUUCAGGUUUUCUAUUUGGCACUUUCUGUGUUGGGAUUUACGAGUUUUAUCCUCGAAAUUACCUAACUUCGAUGUCUUUUGUAUAAUUCAAUUAAUGGCACUGCUAAAAAAUCUGAAGGAAUUAUAAUGUGAUGAAAAUCAAUGAUGGCUAUCUUUAACUGAUUUGCAUCGGGAUAUCAUUACCAGCACAGUCCAAAAACAUUUGAAGCUGCUGUGGAAUUUGGCAGUGCCUAUAGUGUACUCGGUUUCAAUUUAAAGGGUGCUUUCUGGAGACUUCGACUCUUGAAGUGAUAGUUGGAAUCGUUAUUAUUAUUGUUCGAAUUCAGCACUUCAAGACCUUGAUUUAUCGCAUUACUGACUUCUGGAGUUCUGAGUUUUUGCUCAUAUAAUAUACAUGGUUUUUGGGAUUUAUUAUUGAGGAUGCCUCGAUUAUCUUUUGGUCUUGAAGGAUGGAAUCUUUUUGCAGUUCUUCACUAAGAGUGGUAUUAGUUCUCAUAAGUAUAUUAUUGCUACUGCAAUCGCCAAGAGUAUUUGCUUCUGGGUCAUUGAGAAAUAGCAAGGCUUGCGGAAUUUACCACAUCAGCUAUUUGGGUGAUCCUAAUCAGGAAUUGUAUUAUUUGAAUGGAAAAUUGGUCGAAAAAUAUUAUUUCUGUAAAGCUUUAGAAACAUAUAGUGCAAAAGAUUGUUUCCGUACCAGAAAUCUCAGAAACCAUAAUUGCAGGUUGGGUUUUCCGAUAGACAAGGUGCCUUCGGAAUCUGGAAGAAAACUUUUGAGAAACACAGUUAGAGAAGGAUCUGCAGAGAAUAAUUUUGAUAAAAAAUCACAGGGGAGAAAGGACAAUUCUAUAUUGACCUCUAAAGGGCUGUACAUGGCAGUGCCAGCUUUCUUUAUUAUAUGUUGCGUCGUUCUUUGUCCAUGCUUUCGUUCACGGAAAAAGGAAACUCCAAAUGCUGUUCUUGACAAGGAGACAAAUUCAAUGGAUUCAAUCUUGUCUGUACAAAUGAAUUCGGUCUCUGAAAAGAUACCAGGCAGUCCACUCCGAGUUCCACCUAGUCCUCUAAGAUUUUCGAUGUCACCGAAACUAAAUAGGGUUGGAUCGUUUCAUCUCGAUAUAAAUCAAAUUGCCAGAGCAACACAUAAUUUCUCCCCAUCACUGAAAGUAGGUGAAGGUGGGUUUGGAACUGUCUACAGAGCUGAACUACCAGAUGGCCAGGUGGUUGCUGUAAAACGAGCAAAGAAGGAACUCUUUGAAACCCUACGAACUGAAUUUAGGAGUGAAGUUGAACUUUUGGCUAAAAUUGAGCAUCGGAAUUUAGUCAAGCUGCUUGGUUAUAUCGAUAAAGGCAAUAAUCGCCUUAUUAUAACAGAAUAUGUGCCAAAUGGUACACUUAGAGAGCAUCUAGAUGGUGUGAGGGGAAAAAUAUUAGAUUUCAAUCAGAGACUUGAAAUCUCCAUUGACGUUGCUCAUGGCCUUACCUAUCUCCAUCUAUACACAGAAAAGCAAAUUAUCCACAGAGACGUGAAGUCCUCCAAUAUUCUCUUGACAGAGAGGAUGAGAGCCAAAGUAGCAGAUUUUGGAUUUGCAAAGCUAGGAGAGAUGGACUCUGGCAAAUCACAUGUUUCAACAAAAGUAAAAGGCACAGUUGGUUACCUUGACCCAGAGUACAUGAAGACAAAUCAGCUUACAGCAAAGAGCGAUGUGUAUUCUUUUGGAAUAUUGCUAUUGGAAAUUUUAACGGGUCGUCGGCCCGUGGAAUUGACGAGACCACCUGAUGAGAGAGUGACACUAAGAUGGGCUUUUAGGAAAUACAACGAUGGGAAGUUGAUGGAGAUGUUGGAUCCUUUAAUGAAGGAAGAAGUAGAGCAUGAAAUCCUGGUGAAAAUGUUUGGUCUGGCAAUCGACUGUGCAGCUCCGACAAGAGCCGAUCGUCCUGAUAUGAAAUCGGUAGGGGAGCAGCUGUGGGGAAUUAGAAUGGAACACUUGAGAAGUGGAAGGAGAGCACAAUAGGUGCCAACCUAUUGAUUUUGUAAUAGCCCUUUAUAAAUAAACUAAAUUUCAUUUUGGUGUUUGGUAGUUUUCUUCAACAACAAAUCUUCAUUCUGAAGAUAGUUUGAUUACAUGAUUCUGUAUAAAAAUACACUAAGGGUCCGUUUGAUUGUAAGAAUGGAAUUUGGGUCGAAAGAAAACGAAUUUCGGGCAAUUGUA